GGGGGCAGCAGCAGGCUGGGACAUAGGUCGGUGUUGCUCGGUGUCAGCUCGGUGAAGUUUAGGUUAGCGGAGGAGGGCGGUCCGGGGGUGCGGGCAGGAAGCAGUGUGAUUCUGGUAGAGUAGGUCUGACCAUGCCGCUGCUGUUCCUGGAGCGCUUCCCAUGGCCCAGCCUGCGGACAUACACCGGGCUGAGCGGCCUAGUGCUGGCCAUGAGCCUCCUCACCGCCUACCGGAGCCUGAGAGCCGAACUGGGCCACACCGGGACCGACACCGAUACCGGGACCGACCUGACGGCAGACUGGGGGGAAUUACUGCUCGAACUGGGCCGACAACUGGUCUCUGACAGCCUGGGGGUGUGGGUGAGGAGCAGGAACUUAUAUUAUACCUGUAUUGUAUUAUAUUAUAUUAUAAACACACACUGUAUAAUAAUAAUAUUAUUAACACACACUGUAUAUACUGUAUUAUAACUGGUCUCUGACAGCCUGGGGGUGUGGGUGAGGAGCAGGAACUUAUAUCAUACCUGUAUUAUAUUAUUAUUAUUAUUAACACACACUGUAUAUACUAUAUUACAUACUGUAUAUAUUAUAUUAUUAUAAACACUGUAUAUACUAUAUUAUUAUUAUAAACACACACUGUAUAUAUUAUUAACACACUGUAUAUAUUAUAUUAUUAUUAACACACUGUAUAUAUUAUAACUGGUCUCUGACAGCCUGGGGGUGUGGGUGAGGAGCAGGAACUUAUACCAUACCUGUAUUGUAUUAUAUUAUAAACACACACUGUAUAAUAAUAUUAACACACUGUAUAUACUAUAUUAUUAUUAUUACUAACACACAUUGUAUAUACUAUAUUACAUACCGUAUAUAUUAUAUUAUUAUUAACACACUGUAUAUAUUAUAACUGGUCUCUGACAGCAUUGGGGUGUGGGUGAGGAGCAGGAACUUAUAUCAUACCUGUAUUGUAUUAUAUUAUAAACACACACUGUAUGUACUAUAUUAUUAUCACAUACUGUAUAUAUUAUUAUUAUAAACACACACUGUAUAUACUAUAUUACAUACUGUAUAUAUUAUAUUAUAAACACACACUGUAUAUACUAUAUUAUUAUUAUAAACAUACACUGUAUAUAUUAUAUUAUUAUUAACACACUGUAUAUAUUAUAACUGGUCUUUGACAGCCUGGGGGUGUGGGUGAGGAGCAGAAACUUAUAUUAUACCUGUAUUAUAUUAUUAUUAUUAUUAUUAUUAUUUUUAUUUUUAUAAACACACACUGUAUAUACUAUAUUACAUACUGUAUAUAUUAUAUUAUUCUAAACACUGUAUAUACUAUAUUAUUAUAAACACACACUGUAUAUAUUAUUAACACACUGUAUUUAUUAUAUUAUUAUUAUUAACACACUGUAUAUAUUAUAACUGGUCUCUGACAGCCUGGGGGUGUGGGUGAGGAGCAGGAACUUAUAUUAUACCUGUAUUGUAUUAUAUUAUAAACACACACUGUAUAUACUAUAUUAUUAUUAUUAUUAUUAUAAACACACACUGUAUAUAUUAACACACUGUAUAUAUUAUAUUAUUAACACACUGUAUAUAUUAUAACUGGUCUCUGACAGCCUGGGGGUGUGGGUGAGGAGCAGGAACUUAUAUCAUACCUGUAUUGUAUUGUAUUAUAUUAUAAACACACACUGUAUGUACUAUAUUAUUAUUAUUAUUAUUAUUAUUAUUAUUAUUACACACACUGUAUAUACUAUAUUACAUACUGUAUAUAUUAUAUUAUUAUAAACACUGUAUAUACUAUAUUAUUAUAAACACACACUGUAUAUAUUAUAUUAUUAUUAACACACUGUAUAUACUAUAUUAUAACUGGUCUCUGACAGCCUGGGGGUGUGGGUGAGGAGCAGGAACUUAUAUCAUACCUGUAUUGUAUUAUAAUAUUAUUAUUAUUAUUAUUAUUAUUAUUAUUAUUAUCAUCACACACUGUAUGUACAAUAUUAUUAUUAUAAACACACACUGUAUAUAUUAACACACUGUAUAUAUUAUAUUAUUAACACACUGUAUAUAUUAUAACUGGUCUCUGACAGCCUGGGGGUGUGGGUGAGGAGCAGGAACUUAUAUCAUACCUGUAUUGUAUUGUAUUAUAUUAUAAACACACACUGUAUGUACUAUGUUAUUAUUAUUAUUAUUAUUAUUAUAAACACACACUGUAUAUACUAUAUUACAUACUGUAUAUAUUAUAUUAUUAUAAACACACACUGUAUAUAAUAUUAUUAUUAUAAACACACACUGUAUAUAUUAUAUUAUAACUGGUCUCUGACAGCCUGGGGGUGUGGGUGAGGAGCAGGAACUUAUAUCAUACCUGUAUUGUAUUGUAUUAUAUUAUAAACACAUACUGUAUAUAUUUAUUAUUAUUAUAAACACACUGUAUAUACUAUAUUACAUACUGUAUAUAUUAUAUUAUUAUAAACACACACUGUAUAUACUAUAUUAUAACUGGUCUCUGUCAGCCUGGGGGUGUGGGUGAGGAGCAGGAACUUAUAUCAUAUAUCUGUAUGGCAUUAUAUUAUAAACACACACUGUAUGUAUUAUAUUAUUAUUAUUAACACACUGUAUAUAUUAUAUUAUAACUGGUCUCUGACAGCCUGGGGUUGUGGGUGAGGAGCAGGAACUUAUCAUACCUGUAUUAUAUUAUAUUAUAAACACAUACUGUAUAUAUUAUUAUUAUAAACACACUGUAUAUACUAUAGUAUAACUGCUCUCUGACAGCUUGGGGGUGUGGGUGAGGAGCAGGAACUUAUAUCAUACCUGUAUUAUAUUAUUAUAAACACAUACUGUAUAUAUUUUAUUAUAAACACACUGUAUAUACAAUAUUAUAACUGGUCUCUGACAGCCUGGGGUUGUGGAUGAGGAGCAGGAACUUAUAUCACAUCUGUAUUGUAUUAUAUUAUAAACACAUACUGUAUAUAUUAUAUUACAUACUGUAUAUACUAUAUUAUUAUUAACACACGGUAUAUACUAUAUUAUAACUGGUCUCUGACAGCCUGGGGCUGUGGGUGAGGAGCAGGAACUUAUAUCAUACCUGUAUUGUAUUGUAUUGUAUUGUAUUAUAUUAUGUUAUAAACACAUACUGUAUAUAUUAUAAACACACACUGUAUUUAUUAUUAUUAUUAUUAUUAACACACACUGUAUAUACUAUAUUAUAACUGGUCUCUGACAGCCUGGGGGUGUGGGUGAGGGGCAGGAACUUAUAUCAUACCUGUAUUGUAUUAUGAUAUUAUAAACACAUACUGUAUAUACUAUAUUAUUAACACACUAUAUAUUAUAUUAUAAUUAUUAUUAUUAUUCACACACUGUAUAUAUAUCAUACCUGUAGUGUAUUAUAUUAUAAACACAUACUGUAUAUACUAUAUUAUAAACACACACUGUAUAUAUUAUAUUAUAACUGGUAUCUGACAGCUUGGGGGUGUGGGUGAGGAGCAGGAACUUAUAUCAUACCUGUAUUAUAUUAUAUUAUAUUAUAAACACACACUGUAUAUAUUAUAUUAUACCUGCUCUCUGACAGCCUGGGGGUGUGGGUGAGGAGCAGGAACUUAUAUCAUACCUGUAUUAUAUUAUAAACACACACUGUAUAUAUUAUAAUAUUAAUAAUAAUAAUAAUAACACACACUGUAUAUAUUAUAUUAUAACUGCUCUCUGACAGCCUGGGGGUGUGGGUGAGGAGCAGGAACUUAUAUCAUACCUGUAUUAUAUUAUAAACACACACUGUAUAUAUUAUAAUAUUAUUAAUAAUAAUACACACUGUAUAUAUUAUAUUAUAACUGCUCUCUGACAGCCUGGGGGUGUGGGUGAGGAGCAGGAACUUAUACCUGUAUUAUAUUAUAUUAUAUUAUAUUAUAUUAUAAACACAUGAUGUAUAUAUUAUAAACACACACUGUAUAUAUUAUAAACACACACUGUAUAUUAUUAUUAACACACACUGUAUAUUAUUAUUAACACACACUGUAUAUUAUUAUUAACACACACUGUAUAUACUAUAUUACAACUGGUAUCUGACAGCCUGGGGGUGUGGGUGAGGAGCAGGAACUUAUAUCAUACCUGUAUUGUAUUGUAUUAUAUUAUAAACACACACUGUAUAUAUUAUCACACACUGUAUAUACUAUAUUAUAACUGGUCUCUGACAGCCUGGGGGUGUGGGUGAGGAGCAGGAACUUAUAUCAUAUCUGUAUGGUAUUAUAUUAUAAACACACACUGUAUAUACUAUAUUAUUAUAAACACACACUGUAUAUAUUAUAAUAUUAAUAAUAAUAAUAAUAAUAACACACACUGUAUAUAUUAUAUUAUAACUGCUCUCUGACAGCCUGGGGGUGUGGGUGAGGAGCAGGAACUUAUAUCAUACCUGUAUUAUAUUAUAAACACACACUGUAUAUAUUAUAAUAUUAUUAAUAAUAAUAACACACACUGUAUAUAUUAUAUUAUAACUGCUCUCUGACAGCCUGGGGGUGUGGGUGAGGAGCAGGAACUUAUACCUGUAUUAUAUUAUAUUAUAUUAUAUUAUAAACACAUGAUGUAUAUAUUAUAAACACACACUGUAUAUAUUAUAAACACACACUGUAUAUUAUUAUUAACACACACUGUAUAUUAUUAUUAACACACACUGUAUAUUAUUAUUAACACACACUGUAUAUACUAUAUUACAACUGGUAUCUGACAGCCUGGGGGUGUGGGUGAGGAGCAGGAACUUAUAUCAUACCUGUAUUGUAUUGUAUUAUAUUAUAAACACACACUGUAUAUAUUAUCACACACUGUAUAUACUAUAUUAUAACUGGUCUCUGACAGCCUGGGGGUGUGGGUGAGGAGCAGGAACUUAUAUCAUAUCUGUAUGGUAUUAUAUUAUAAACACACACUGUAUAUACUAUAUUAUUAUAAACACACACUGUAUAUAUUAUAAUAUUAAUAAUAAUAAUAAUAAUAACACACACUGUAUAUAUUAUAUUAUAACUGCUCUCUGACAGCCUGGGGGUGUGGGUGAGGAGCAGGAACUUAUAUCAUACCUGUAUUAUAUUAUAAACACACACUGUAUAUAUUAUAAUAUUAUUAAUAAUAAUAACACACACUGUAUAUAUUAUAUUAUAACUGCUCUCUGACAGCCUGGGGGUGUGGGUGAGGAGCAGGAACUUAUACCUGUAUUAUAUUAUAUUAUAUUAUAUUAUAAACACAUGAUGUAUAUAUUAUAAACACACACUGUAUAUAUUAUAAACACACACUGUAUAUUAUUAUUAACACACACUGUAUAUUAUUAUUAACACACACUGUAUAUUAUUAUUAACACACACUGUAUAUACUAUAUUACAACUGGUAUCUGACAGCCUGGGGGUGUGGGUGAGGAGCAGGAACUUAUAUCAUACCUGUAUUGUAUUGUAUUAUAUUAUAAACACACACUGUAUAUAUUAUCACACACUGUAUAUACUAUAUUAUAACUGGUCUCUGACAGCCUGGGGGUGUGGGUGAGGAGCAGGAACUUAUAUCAUAUCUGUAUGGUAUUAUAUUAUAAACACACACUGUAUAUACUAUAUUAUUAUAAACACACACUGUAUAUAUUAUAAUAUUAAUAAUAAUAAUAAUAAUAACACACACUGUAUAUAUUAUAUUAUAACUGCUCUCUGACAGCCUGGGGGUGUGGGUGAGGAGCAGGAACUUAUAUCAUACCUGUAUUAUAUUAUAAACACACACUGUAUAUAUUAUAAUAUUAUUAAUAAUAAUAACACACACUGUAUAUAUUAUAUUAUAACUGCUCUCUGACAGCCUGGGGGUGUGGGUGAGGAGCAGGAACUUAUACCUGUAUUAUAUUAUAUUAUAUUAUAUUAUAAACACAUGAUGUAUAUAUUAUAAACACACACUGUAUAUAUUAUAAACACACACUGUAUAUUAUUAUUAACACACACUGUAUAUUAUUAUUAACACACACUGUAUAUUAUUAUUAUUAACACACACUGUAUAUACUAUAUUACAACUGGUAUCUGACAGCCUGGGGGUGUGGGUGAGGAGCAGGAACUUAUAUCAUACCUGUAUUGUAUUGUAUUAUAUUAUAAACACACACUGUAUAUAUUAUCACACACUGUAUAUACUAUAUUAUAACUGGUCUCUGACAGCCUGGGGGUGUGGGUGAGGAGCAGGAACUUAUAUCAUAUCUGUAUGGUAUUAUAUUAUAAACACACACUGUAUAUAUUAUAUUAUUAACACAUACUGUAUAUACUAUAUUAACACACUGUAUAUACUAGAUUAUAAACGCAUACUGUAUAUACUAUAAACGCACUGUAUAUACAUCAUAUUCUAAACACAUACUGUAUAUACUCUAUUCUAUUUUAACUGGUCUCUGACAGCCUGGGAGUGUGGGUAAGCAGCAGGAACUUAUUUCAUUAUAAACACGCUGUAUGUAAUAUACUACAUUAUAAACAUACUGUAUAUACUAGAUUAUAAACACACACUAUAUAUACUGUAUUAUAUAUUGUAUAUUAGACACCGUAUAUAUACUAUAUUAUAUACGCACACUGUAGACUAUAGUAUAGACCAGGGGUAGGCAACCUACGGCACUAGUGCCAUGCACGGCACUCGAGGUGUCUUUGCACGGCACUCAAGGCUGCUAGAGCCAAACAGGCUCUGGCCUAUCAGGAGUCCCAGUAAAACUUCAAAUAUCUGCUAAUACGAAAAGAUGGUGAAGGACAAUCCUCAAUUCAAGCAUUGCAGCACAUAGAGGAAAUUAUCUCAGAUCACUUCCUCCAAGCACUUGUGAAUGGGAAUCCACAACAUAGUAGAGCAGCCUGCAGCUGCUGUUGCAGCUCCUGUCUUUGACCUGUACCAGGCCAGCCUGGUCCCCACUGGAACCCAGGGAAGCCAACCAUACUGCUAGAUAUACACAGAUAUUGUGAAUCAAACUAAGUGUUUAUCUGAGUAUCUGCUCCUUUCCAAAUUGUUAAAAUAAAUGCGUGCACGCUCUGAAGUAAAUUACACUGAGACACAGGUAUCAGGUUAAUGAAAAACUUUGGAAUGUUUACUCAGUGGGCGGCAAGCCCCUUAUAAAGGCAAACAAUACAUCAUAUGCCAAAAUGUAGAUAACAGAGAGAAUACAUCUUUAAUUGGUUAGGUGUUAAGUGUCUUACCUAAUGCACAUCCUACGAGGCGUGAUGUCACCAUCAUCCCGGGAUUUUACUCCAGAUGUAGGGGCCAUCUUGUUACACGAGGUAGCUAGUCGGUGGGAGGGGGUGCUCUAUCAGCCAUUUUGAGUAGAUAUUGAAUACAGGUAUACACAGUAAAUAGACAUUUUACUAUCACUAAUUUACAUUCAUAACACAGAAAUGAAGUAUAACCCUCCCCUUAUACAAAUAAUACGAACAGCCCACACACAAACAUACACACAACCUGCACAAACGUAACCCACUAACAAUCCACAUACAUGCACACAACCCCACAUGUAGCCUCUCACAUGCAAUACCCCAAACAGCCCAAACACACAAUGUGACAUAUCCAUCCACACACAAUUCCACAAGCAGUCCCCAUACACAGCCCACAUUCAUAUGUAUCAUACACAAUACCAUAAACUACUAAUGAACAUAUACAAUAUAAUCGCUUAUAUACACACAAAUACAACGAUGCAAAGCAAUUACAGUAUAAAUAACACAAGCAGAAUACGGCAGCAUACACACCUCAAUUUAAAAAAAUAGGACCGGCACGCUACGGGACAUCACAAUCCUAUAUCGGCACAGUGCUGCUAAAAGGUUGCCUACCCGUGGUAUAGACUAUAUUAUACACACAUUGUGUUUGUACUGUAUUGUAUAUUAGACACACUGUAUCUACUAUAUUAUAUACACACUAUAUAGGAAAAAAAUAUAUAUAAUAUACACUGUAGUAUAUAUUAUAAACAUACACUGUGUGUGUGUGUGUGUGUAUAUAUAUAUGUAUAUAUUAUAUACAUACACUAUAUACUAUAUUAUAUAGUUUAAACACAUUGUACAUAUUCUAAACACGCAUUGUAUAUAAAAUAUUAUGUAUUCUAUAUACACACACUGUAUAAAACUUACUGUUACCCUAUUUUACACAAUAUAAAUCAUAUAAUUUCCUGUAUUAAAUAUAAUUUAAACACAGUUGUUAUAUAUCCUAUCCUAAAACUGUAUUAUAUAUCAAACAGAAUGUAUACUAUAUUACAUAAUCACGUAAACACUCUGCAUUAUAUAAUCUCACAAAUUAUGAUGCAUACUAUACUAUUUAUAACUUAAUGUAUGUCACAUUAACACAUUGUGUAAUACACACUGGUUUAAGUAGCAUAAAAUGCACACUACUGUAUGUGUGUGUGUGUGUGUGUGUGUGUGUGUGUGUGUGUGUGUAUAUAUAUAUAUAUAUAUAUAUAUAUAUAUAUAUAUAUACACUGCUGUAUUGAAUAAUUAUGUAAACUCGCACUGUAUAACACAUACUAUAUUUUAUAUUUGUUCCAAACUGUGAUAGUGUUACCUGCAUGUUUUGUGGCACUUUUUUUUUUUUUUUUUCAGGAUGAAAAUAUGUCCCAUUUUACCGUUGGUUUAGAUACAGGGUUCUUCUAACUGUUGCCCCCCAGAUGUUGCUGAACUACAACUCCCAUUAUUCUCUGGUUAUCUGUUUCAAUUAACGAAUCGUUUAGCAACAUCUGGAGGGCCAGAGUUUGGAUAGCCCUAAUUUUAGAAGAUGGAGAGGGGGCACGUUCAAUUAAGGGACGUGGACCUCCUUGCAUACAAGCCUAGAACUUUCUACAUAGGGCGGUUGCAGUUUUGAUAUGGUGAUUGGGAAAGCAAAAUAAGGUGUUUGCCUCCAGGUGAUCUUGGAACCUCUCUUGAAUUUGCGUUGCAGUUUGUGUGGGGCCUUUGCUAUCCUCUGAUAUAUGGACACUGUUUUCAGCUUUGACGUCUAUCUAGCUUACAAGGUCUAUCUAGCUCACGGAGCUGCAGACAGAAUAAUCAUCCCACCGGACCACCAGGGACUUCAACCACUGGACCACCAGGGAAUUAUAUUUCAACAAAAACGUAUUUCAGUGUGUGGAGGCUUGUCACAGCCUCCACACACACUGUCCCCAACUCUGCCCUCCCACCCUCACUGCCCUCCCACCCUCACCGCCCCAACACUGCCCUCCCACCCCCACCGCCCCAACACUGCCCUCCCACCCCCACCGCCCUCCCACCCUCACUGCCCCAACACCGCCCUCCCACACCCUCACUGCCCUCACUGCCCACCCAUAUACACUGCCCACCCACAUUCACUGCCCGAACACUGCCUUCACUGCCCACCCACAUACACUGCCCUCCCACACCCACUGCCCCAACAUUGCCCUCCCCCUUCACUGCCCUGCCCCCCACAUAUCCUGCCCCAACAUACACUGCCCCGCCAUCCACAUGCCCUGCCCACCACAUACACUGCACCCACGUUGCCCUGCCCACCACAUACACUGCACCCACAUUGCCCUGCAAGCCACAUACCCUGCCCCCCACAUACACUGACCACCAAAUGCCCUGUCCCCCACACUGCCCUGCCCUCACAUACGCUGACCACCACAAACACUGCCCUCCACACUGAUGACCGCCACAUACACUGCCCUCCACACUGAUGACCGCCACAUACACUGCCCUCCACACCGAUGACCGCCACAUACACUGCCCUCCACACCGAUGACCGCCACAUACACUGCCCUCCACACCGAUGACCGCCACAUACACUGCCCCCAACAUGGAUGACCGCCACAUACACUGCCCCCAACAUGGAUGACCGCCACAUACACUGCCCCCAACAUGGAUGACCACCACAUACACUGACCACCACAAUCACUGCUCCCACAUUGACCACCACAUACACUGCUCCCUCACUGACCACCACAUACCCUUCCCCCACUCUGACCACCACACACCCUGCUCCCCCACACUGUCUCCCACACGGUCACACACCCUGCCCCCCUACACUGUCAUACACACUGCCCCCUCGUGCUGUCACACACCCUUCCCUCUCUACACUGUGUCCCACACACCUUGCCCUCCCAUACUGUAACACACCCUGUCCACCCACACUGCCCCACACUAUCACCAUCCUCCACACUGCCACCCCACACUGUCAUUUUCCUCCUCACUGUCACCCACUCACACCCUGCCCCCCGAAACUGUCACAUUCCUCCACACUGCUCCCUCACCCUGUUACCCUUUCACACACUUGCACCCCAUAUUGUCAGCCCCCAACACUGUCACCAAUACAUACAGUCGCCCCUGCACACACUGUCACCCUUUCCAACACUGCCUCCCACACUCUUACCUACCCACGUCACAAUUCCACACACAUACAGCCACCCCCCACACUGUCAACCCCCACAUGCUGUCAUGCCCUCUUCACCCAGCCUCGCUCACAUUAACCUCUCCUAAUCUUGUCGCUCUCACCCCCUCCAUCCAUACCACAAUUACCGGCCCUCGCUCUUCCACACUCACCCCAUCACAUUAAUCCCCCUAAUUCUAUCACACUCAUCUUCUCUCAUACUGUCACACUCACCCCCGACCCUGUCACACUCCUCCUUUUUCACAUUAACCCUUUCACUUGUGCCCAACCAUGCCACACUCACCCUGUCACAUAAUCCUGUCCGACUCACUUUCCCUCGCCUUGUCACACUCCCUCCUCCAGCCGUGCAACACAUAACCAUAACCCUGUCAAACUCAUCCCCCUUCACCCUAUCACAUUAACUUCUAUCCUGUCACUCAUCUUGCCAAACCAUGCCACACUCACCCUGUCACAUAACCCUCCCUCAUCCUGUCACUCUCCCCUCGCCCUGUCUUAGUUUAAAUAAAAACAAAAUAAAAGGGAAAAUCUUUUUUUCACCCCUCUCCCCCAGAGCAGAGACUCACUCUGAGCAGCUGACUCUUCUUGUGCUUCUCAUCCAAUCAUAUGAUUCUCAUAGAGAAUUAUUACAGAUGACAAGUGCAAUGCUCAUCUAAUCAAACUGCAUUUAGUUUUUACAAAAUGACAAUAUUUACUAUGAAGGAUGAACAUUAAAUGUAAAUGAAGUGGUUUGUGAGCAGUAGCGGUCAUUUUAACUGUGAUUUUUCUCACUUCAUAAUUAUUGCGGUGUCUGUGUAUUAUUUUAUCUAGCCGUGUGUGUCAUUUGGAGAACUAACUUCUCUUUAUACAGUGUGUUUGUACAUGCAAGGACCUAGAUAGACCUACUAAGGUUUGAUAGUGUACAUUCAGUGUGACAAGGUUGAAUGAUUGAGAGAGCAGAUGUUGACAUCCCUUUAUGGAAUUUAGGCCUAGUUAACCCCUUAAUUAUUCCAGUGCCUGUAGGACAGCAUGGAACACCCUGCAGAUUUGGUGUGAGCAGGGUUAAAUCCCUUCUUACAACUAUGUCUGGUGGAGCCAUUCUUAGUGAUACAGCACACACACAUUUCUUUUAAAAUUAAUUACAUUAAACAUUUUAUGCCAGAAACCAUAGCCAUUUUAGUGAUUUAAAGUGGUUAUGGUGGUAGGAGUCAGUAUGUGCUGUGUUCUGCUGGAAACACUGCACAUUCAGAGGUAUUGCUAAUUGUUUGCUGGGGGCCAAUUGCACCCCCAGCACAUGUGCGUUACGCAGCCUGGAACAACGCAUAAAUUGCAUUUGUCAGUGCGCAUUGACUACAGACAUUAAAUUAUCCCCCUACCAAGCAGAGCAUAUGCAAAGGGAAGAUACAUGCUCCCUCCCACUCCCUGCCACCUCCGGCUUCCCUCCGUAUGCACUCUUUUUUUAUAUAUUUUUUUUUAAAACCACUCCCUCCCCUUUGCUGGACCGCAUGAAUGAGAAGCCUGAUAUGCAACUGCGCGCGACGCAUAUUAAGUUUUAUAGGUCCUCCCCUCUGAAUAGGGUUAUAGUAACCCUUUAAUAUAUAUUUAUUUUAAAAUUAAACUCUGUUUUUAUUUAUGUUACAUAUAUUCUCCCCAUCUAUUACAUAUUAUAGGGUGUUAUUAAGCACUAUUUUAACUAUAUGAAACCUUUUGUCUCUAGACAAUAAAAUAUCAAUACGAAUACCCCUGGAUAGAAAACUAUAGAAAAACGUUUGUAAAGCGGCACAAUUGAUACACAUUCUAGUUUAGAAUGAGUGUUAUUUUUCAUACACAGCAAUGGGUUAUUUUAAAUCAAGUGAUAACUGCUGACACAAGAAACCACAAAUAGAUGUCACAGCUGUUGUAUAUGUACGCAUUCAGAAACUGUCACAUGGUCAUUGAAGAGCAAUACUGGAUAGUUUGUGUUUUCUGAAAUGUUUACAUUGACUUGUCAUGAACAAAAUCAUCUGUUUAAAAAAAAAAAAAAAGAAUAAAUUGCCAUUUUGUUAGCGUGAUUUAUUAGUCCAAGAUUAGGACAUUGCUGAGCCAAGCGGUCUUUGAUCAGCAAAGCAUUAUUAUACCUGUAUGCAAUGUUUAGACAAAUGUAACAAUCUGUACAGUGAUAAGAAUUGGCUAUUGAUAAAAGCAGUUGCUCUUUGCAUGUAUUUUAUGCCAGGCAGGUACAAAACAAAGUGGUUCUAAAUCUGAAAAAAAUAACCAUUUUAAGUGGUUAGUCUAGUAAAAAUGUGACCCAGUAUUCUUCUUUUAUGCAUUAACAAAGUAUUGGUUAAAAAAAAAAAAAAAAAGAAAAGAAAAUUGUUACAAGACUUACAGAAAGUUUCUUUUCCUGGCCAAUAUCAAUGUCGGCAUCACCUGUGGGUUAGCUCCUCCCUCUCAGCUGAUAGGACAGGAAUCUAAAUUUCAAAAGAUGGUAUAUAAGGAAUCCACCUCCCCAGAAUAAGCAGUCUCGUAACCAAGUCAGUCCAGAAAAAAGGGAUGGUUUGUGAAAGAGCUUGGCAACAAGGAAAACACAUUUCAGUGUUAAGACGCCUAUAGAUGAAGAAUCCAUAGGCUCAAAGGGUGUGCCUAUCAGACUAUGCAAAAGUGUAGGCAAGUCCCAUGUUGGAACAAAGUUUUUAAACAGAUGGUCUAAUUCUCAUUGCUCCUUUGUUAAAACGUUUAAUCGUAGGAUAAUUGUACUUUAAGAGAAUUAAGGCUCAAACCUUCAUUCACACCAUUUUGUAAAACUUCCAACAAAUAAGGAAGAUUAAGAGUUUCAGAAACUUUUCCAAGGUCAAGAUAAGCUUCUAGAUUCUAUUGUAUACUCUUGACGUAAUGUGACUGCUAGUUUUGAGAAUAGUCUUCAAAACAUAAUCUGAUAAGCCUCUAGCUUUCAGAAAGUUCUUCUCAAUCUCUAGGCCUUCAAAUUGAGUCUUGCAGGAUCUUUGUGGAGAAAUGGGCCCUGUGAUAAUAGGUUCCUCUUGAUUGGUAGUUCCCAAGAAACCCCUUGUGAUAGACUUAACAGCAGUGGAAACAAAGGCCUCCUUGGCCAAUGAGGAAUAAUUGCCAUCACCUCUACAUUUUCCUUCCAGGUCUUUUUGAAAGUUAUCUGGAUUAAUGGAAGGAGAGGGAAUAUAUAUCCCAGCCAAAAUUUCCAUCUCUGUUAGGACAUCUUGACGUUUGCUCUUGGGUCAAAUCUUAUGGAAUAGAAAAAAGGGGGAACUUGUUUGUUUCUGUAGUUCACCAUCAGAUCUAUAUGCGAUGUUCCCCGAAGAUUGCAUGUCUACUUGAACAUAUCCAAACUCACUUCCGUUCUCCUGGAUGUACAUAGUUUCGGUGACAUUGUUCAGUUGUCCUGGAAGAUGUAUUGAGCUCCCCAACCUCAUCCGCUGGCAUCUGCGGUCACUAAUUACGACUCUGGGUCCCCUAGCAGGAAGCCUCUCCUGAUAUUUUUUCUACGUUCAUCCACUACUGAAGAGACAUUCUUAGUUCUUCUGUGAUCCAGAUCUUUUGUUUCUAUUAUUGAUUGAACGGCUCAAAGAAAUUUUUCUGUGUUUAUUCUCCGGUUCCAGUGUGCCCACCUCACUGAAGUUGAGGUUGAUAUUUGUUAAAGUUUAUAAAACAUCUAAAAUCUUUUAAGUCCUGAAUCACUGUCUCUGUAUCAGUCUUCCUUUUGAUUGAUUUGUUCACAAUCCGUAUAUCUUCCAGAUAAUGGAAUAUUCUGAUUCCUUAAUCUCAUAGGAGAGUAUUUAGGCUGGUCAGGAUCUUUGUUAAUGUACUGGGUGCGAACCUUAGACCAAACGGCAUACCUAGGAAUUGGAAAUGACUUUAAAAAAUAUUGAACCUUAGAUACUGUGCAAGUGCAACAGGGAUGUGAUAGUAUGUGUUUUGAAGAUCUUUUGAUCUAUGGAGGAUAGCCAUUCUGUAGGAUAUAUAUUUGAGGAAACAUAGUCAACAUGAGUCAAGACUCAUCAUCUUGAAAGUUUUUUUUUUUUUUUUUUUUCUUGGGGGUGAGCAUUUUCUGUUAGACUGCGGUCCACUUGGCCACACUAGAUGCAGUGACUAGCAGAAGGGGGAGCGCACCCCACACCUGUCACCUGCAUGCCCUGGGUCAGUACGGCUGUACACCGGCCAUAUCGUUAUGCCGGCCCACCGGGAAAUUUCAAGUUCUGCCCAUCAUUUCGGGUGAAAGGGCAGCAGGGCCCCCUGGAGUGACUGGCCUGGUCACAGCUACGACUGCUACAUGUUUAUUUCAACGCUUCUAAUAGUAUUUGUAUAAUAAUAAAAAUCAUACUGUAGGGCUGUAGUAGGUCAUGUGCCAUUUAAUAUACAUGCAUCAAAAUGGUGAUUUGCUAUACAAAGCUGUUGUGGACUGAAAAUUUUUAUUAGGCCCAGCUAAUAACCUGGAUAAGGUUGACAGAAGUUCUAUACCACAAUAAUUCAAUCAGUGCCUUUUGGCUUGCAAUAUCACCUUUAUGAUGAUGAAACGAACCUGUCAGUGUUCUCCUGAUCUUUCUUUAUCCCACUUUUAUCUCUCACGGAACCCGUUUGGUGCCACCUCGUGACUGCACACAAUUAGAGCAGACAAUUCAUGUGUAGGGAAAAUACCUUCCCUGAUUCACAGCGGUUCAGUUCAGCUUCGGCACCCAUUCAGUCUGAUGUUCCUAAGGACACCAGACUCUGCUGUUGCUCAAAGUUUUAUAGCCCGUCUCCGACCACGUUGUAAAUGGCAUGAACGUGCAUGUAACGUCCCGUCUUCAGCGCGCCCACACACACGCGCGUGUUCUGUGGUCAAAGGGCCCAUCCUGACAAAUCAUGAUCAUUUUAGGGUUAUUUAAACUCAAAACGCCUGUUAUCAGUGCCCUGUCGUGGUUUCCAAUAGCUGAUAAUUAGAGAAUGUGUUCUUUAUUGUAUCCUUUUUUAGCAUUUUGACCUUGACUUGUUCUUGACUGUCCCUGUUUCUGGUGUCUUUGACUUUUUGGCUUGUCUUCUCGAUUUUGUCUUUCUAUAUCCCUGACCUCGACUUGUUUCUUACUAUUCUUUGUUACAUUAAGUCCAGCCAUUCCUAGGCCUGGUAAUAUGUAUAUAAGGUUUUAUGUUUAUUCUUUGCUAACUUAAUUCUGUGUGUUUGGUAUAUCUUAUCUUAAGAAUCUCCAACUGCCUCUCUGAUAUUUCUAACUGGAUUGCAGCUCACUUCCUUGAACUCAAUCUCCCCAAAACAGAACUUCUCACCUUUUUACCGUCAAACACUACAACUCCCGUGUCUAUCCUUCAAACACUGUUACUCCCAUGUCUGUCUCUCUCUAAGUCAAUGGCACUUCAAUCAGCUCUACCACACAGUCUCGCUGCCUUGGCGUUCUCUUCGAUCCCCACCUCUUCUUUAACCUUCACAACCAGUGAACUGCCAUAUCCUCUCGCAUCCAUCUCAAAAACAUAGCUUUCAUCCGUCCCCACUUAACACCGGAUGCAGCUACUUUGCUCAUUCAUGCCGCCAUCAUUGACUGCUGCAACUCGCUUCUCGCUGGUCUCACGCAGUUCCUCCUCCACCCUGCCAGAGUCGGUAAUGAAUGCUGCAGCCAAGCUCCUCAUCCAGUGCUUCCGCACCUCCCAUCUUUCCCUCUCUGUCAGUGCUGACAUUUUCUUCCCGUAAGAUAUAGGACUAAAAUUAAAAUGAUGGUCCUUGCUUAUAAAUCUCUGUAUAUCUACCUACCUAUCCUCACUAAUACACAACUAUGUCUCAUCCAGGCCCCUAUGCUGUGACAAAGACCUGUGUUUAUCCUCUGUUCGUACUCGCACCUCUGGUUCUCCCUUUCAAGACUUCUCUAGGGUUACCCAGUUCCUAUUAAACUUUAUUACCAGCUCCAUUGGACUCUCACCCAGUUUCCAUUCCUGCAAACAAAUUACUGGAAACUCACUUCUUCAAGAAGGCAUAUCUUGACCUCGACCCAAGUAUGGGGGCAAACAGUUGUUGAACCGGGAAGGGUACUCCUCACAUCAUAACCACUACAGUGGGCUGGAUAAAUCUUUAAACUGCUUUGAAAAUGACUUUACCCUCUAAUGUAAGAAGGUGGCCAGGGACUCGUGCCCUUUAACGACUUAACAGAAAUGAAGUUAUGAGGGUGGAAUGUCUCUCUUUAAUGCUCUGCCCAUUGACAAACAUUGCCAAAAAAAAUGUUCCUCUUAAGAAAAAGUAAUCCCUACUUUUUAUAUGCAUAGAAAAUCAAGGUGAAUUAAAAACCCAUAAAAAAUAAUGGACAUAGAGGGACAUAAAUCGAAUUUAAAAACUAAACAUGCAAAGAGAGAGUGCUGAUUUAAUUGUUCAUCAGAUCGUCCAACACUGGGCGAAAAUUCUGCGAGCGAAUCUCUGCUUCUAGUGAUGUGUUCAUGAAAGCACGCCAUCUGUGUCAUGUGGCAUUGGGAGUUCUAUUACCAGACCUUCUGAUUUAAUAAAUCUAUUUUGUCAUUGCUGCUCUCCAACAUGUCAAUCACUCCAUAUCUGCAACAUUUAUUUCUGUCUUGCAUAAUGAAGUCGUCGUAUCUGUUGUGGGAGCAGUUGGGACCAGAACUUUUCCUGUCAAUUCAUUGCAAUAUAUUUAUUUUUAAUGUGAUGUGUUUAUGCAAUUAAUAGCAGUCUUUUUUUUAAAGACUUUUUGUGUUUUUGCAAGAACUGAGCAAAUGUUUAAGAAAAUAAGUGAAAGCCUUGAAUAUAUUUUGCACGGUUGCGUAAAUUAAAAAACUCAUCGUCCUGUCCUUCCAUGCCUCCCUCUCUGCCGGUCCUUACAUUGGCUUCCCAUAAGAUAUAGAGCUCAAUUGAAAAUGACCCUCGCUUACAAAUCUCUCCCUAACACUGCUCUUACUAGUAAUACAUAACUAUGUCCCAUCCGGACCCCUGCACUCUGCCACAGACCUGUUUCUUUCUUCUGUUCUUACUUGCAUCUGUGACACAAAUUUUUAACCGCCCGUAGGGCUGCACCAUUCACCAAGUCUCCAUUCACCAAGUCUCCAUUCCUUCAAAGAAGUUAAAUUCACUUCUUCAAGAAGGCAUAUAUAAAGAUGCAUUUCCUAACUUUGUGUUCCUCAGUCCAUCUGCCUCCACCACCCAGCGAUGUAAAGGAUUAAUUUACCCUUUAUUCACUUACCCUAUUACAGCACUAGCACUGCAUGUACAGUAGGCCUUCCCCAUAGGAAAUCACUGCCUCAGUGCUGUCCUGUGGGGUUUUCACUGACGCUGGAUGUCGUCAUGCAGAGCGUGAAUACAUCCAGAUUCAAACUCCCGGAAGCGCCACUAGAGGCAGUCAUGGCACUGCAAUGUAAACAUUACAGUUUCUCUAAAACAGCAGUGUUUUACAUUGCUGGGCAAAGGGGUCAGGGACGCUGCACCCAGACCACUUCAGUGAGAUGAAGUGGUCUGGGUUCCUAUAGUGUCCCUUUAAGUUUAACUCGCGAUAUGCAGGUGACGCAUAACAGUAUUUUUUUAUUUUAAUUUUAUUUAUGAAUUAGAAAAAAAAGUAUUCGAAACUGUUAGUACCUUUUAAUGCAGCUAGUAUAGUAAUGUGUUUACUAUGGUAUUGGAUUAAGCACUGAUUCUGUGUGAUGAAUGGAAUUGCUAUCAAUUGCUUUCCGUAAAAGAACACUCCAAGCACCAUAACCACUACAGCACACUGUAGUGGUUAUAGUUCCAGGAGUACUCUGGCACCUCCAAUCAAGGAAUGAAACCAUAGUUUGACUUCUUACCUGGGCUCCUUCAGGCAACAUUCCCAGGCUCCACUACCUCAGCUAGAGAGUCAGAAACCCCUGCUUAUGGAUUUCUGAUAGCUUUUCUGAGCUAAGUAAGCCCUAGAGUGCUGGGCUAGCUGAGGGCAUGCACUGAUCGCUUUAAGCCAAUGAUUAAAGUCUGCAUUGACGGUUUUGGGGAAGAAGGCAGGCAUUCCUGACACUUUUAUUUUCUCCACUGGACCAGGAAGAUAACGUCCAUGGCUGUCUGACAGCGGGUAAGGUUGAUCUGCAAUUAUUUAAAAAAGCGCCAAUUUUAAAAUAGAAAUCAGCACUUUUAUGAACUGCAAUUAAAAUGAAAAUAUCCUGACACUCAAAACAGUUGAGCAAGCUGAAGUGCUUUAUUGCCUGUAGUGUUUCUUUAAAGGCGAACUAUCCAUUCUCUAUAAAUUUCAUAAUUUAAAAAAAACAUAGAAAAUCACUUCUAAAGUGUGUUAACUGUAAGCCAGCAUUUCCCAAAGGGUAUUCCGUGCAACCCUAAGGUUCAGCGAGAACAAAAUUUGGGUUCCGCCGUGAUUUCCCCAGCAGGUGGCCCAAGCAUUUAGGGCCUCCCGAUCGGUAUCGCCAAACAGGGGUCUUGUCAGGAACGCUGGGAGGAACUGACAGCGUGUCACUUCUUACCAGACAGAGAGCGCGCUGACAGCAGCACUCCAAGAAAGUUACAACAGGAAAAAGUUAAUCUAACAGGAGGGUGUCUGCAAAUACCUGUGUGUAUCUCUGUUACACAAAUGUACAUCCACAUUUAAAAUCCAACACUACAUCCAAACAUAUCAUUGCAGGUAAAUGCAAGCAUGACAUACAAAGACACCCCUGUAUGAAAAUGCUAAAAUGAUGUACAAACACCAACUCUACAUACAGAAGCACUACUGCUACUAAAUACUAUGUGUUUACUAUAUGUAAACAUUUUCCAAAAAAGAAACCUUACACUCCCCUAAUUAAAAGGUUAGUGCUGCAGCGCAAACUUUUUCUGGGGGGUUCCAAGAUGUUGGUACACUAUGUCAAAGGGUUCCACAGGAAAAAAUAAUUGGGAACCUCUGCUGUAAGAGGAGAAAUUCAGUAAUGUUUACCCAUAAGUUUUCUCUAUGCUGGCUGCCAGGUGGAAAAGGACAUUGCUUAUAACAAUUGCUGACAGGGAGCUAAGAUGGAGGCUCCCACUUACAUAAUAAAGAGGUUUGCAUUUCUACAUUUAAUUGUUUUGCUACUCACACGCAUAUCUUUGUGAUAAUAAAGGAUUAGUAUUUAGGACAUUCGCCCCUUCAAUGCCAGAGGUGUGCCACACAUGCUGGUCAUAUCGCAAGGGUUAAGCAUCCAUAAAAGUAAGAUUUUCCAUUAAAAAAUAAAUCUGUAUUCUAAUCUAUUUGAUAAAAAAAAAAUUAUGGAAUUUUUAAUGCUUUUGAGGACAUCUGAUAAUUCAGAAUCCAUGAAACUGAGUGUUUACUGAAAUGCCACUGCUUCAUCUUUAACUUUUCUCCCUGCCCAGGUCCUGGUGAACACGGUGUGCUGCCUUUUGAUGUUGGUGGCGAAGGUGAUCCAGUAUGUGGUGUUUGGUCCGCUCCGUGUUAGUGAGAGACAGGUGAGUGGAACCUGCAUUGUGCUCUGUUUGGUAAUUGCCCAGGCCGUACUUUUCUUAAAACCAGAGUAUGCUAAUCUUGUUUAUUAACACAUUGACAUCCAUUUUUCUUUUAUUUAAAUCUUAUAAAUUCUAUCCAUCUCUCUAUCUCACACAAUGCUCUUAUAAAUCCAGAGACACAAGUAAAUGGGUUUUAAUGGCCAUAAGAAAAGAUGCUGUGCCAGCAUUUCCUUUAAGAAAUGUCAGCAGAACAACACAGUGUACAUCUGUGCAGUUUGUAAGGAAAUCAUGCGUGCAUUUUGUCCGUGCAACUAUAUAUUCCAUGUAUAUGAUACAGAAUGGUGACGUGUUCAUUGGAAAUGAGGGGUUCUCGAGACCUAAUAAACCACAAGGCAUGGAGGUUGAAAUACCCUAAGAUAGCAUUACAUUUUCAAUAAUAUAUGCUACACGGUUCCCCUUUAAAAAAAAAUAUAUAUAUAUAUAUAUAUAUAAAUAUAAAUAUAUAUAUAUAUAUAUAUAUAAAAAUUUCCAUAGCAAUAAUAGGUUUACUAUAUAUAAUGUUUCUUUUUAAAGUGUGAAUGGUAUGCAAAUAAAUUAGGGUUUUUUUUAUUUUAUUUUUUUUAGAUCUAGGGUUUUAUUUCAUUCUUAAGGCAGCACUUGAAUGACACACAUGUGCCUGCCACCCCCUUCCCACUAUGUGUAAAGUCUCCUUUGACAUUUAUAAAGAACAGUGGCACAGUGUCGUGUUACUGUAAACACAUUUAAUUAUACAUGUUCCUUAUUGUGUAGAACAAAAAUAUGCGUUGAAUUAGCAAAUUAUAAGCUGAUCCAGGGACUGCUUGGUAUUGGUAGGGUGCAUGCCGUGCCCUCACUAACUCUGCAUACCUUUACAGUGCAGGCUAAUGGCAGUGGGAACUUACACUCAUGCUUCCUAUGUAAAUACAGUAAAGUUGUUGUCUUUAGAUUGUUUGAAUCCUGGCAUGAGGUGUGUGUGUGUGUGUGUGUGUGUGUGUGUGUAUAUAUAAAUAUAUAUAUAUAUAUAUAUAUAUAUAUAUAUAUCAGGGUUCUAAAUCACAACAUGUCUGUUCGAAGAUUUAAUAGUCCUUGCACUUAAGCCUCUUCCUUUCUUCUUCUGUUCUUAUAGCACCUAAAGGACAAGUUUUGGAACUUCAUUUUUUACAAAUUCAUCUUCAUAUUUGGUGUGUUAAAUGUCCAGACUGUGGAGGAAGUUGUCCUGUGGUUUUUGUGGUUUGCAGCCUUAGUGUUUCUCCAUCUUAUGGUCCAGCUUUGCAGAGAUAGAUUUGAAUAUGUAAGUAUAACUAUACUAAUAAAAUGUAUGUUUGUGGAGGUGGGAGUCUUCUAGUGGCUCCCAGUAAGUAGCUUGGAGUGGUAAUAUCCACACUCUUGCAUAUAUUGGUGGCUGGAGUCCUCACCGUGGUAGUUUGUGAGUGAAAACUGAAACAGAAUAUGGUGCAUAUUGUUACUCAAGUAGGUGCAAAUAAAUGGAAAUGUACUCCUUGGUUUGGAGCUAAAAGAAUGGUUUUGCUCAAUCCACAAAGCUUGGAGGGUACAUUCCCCACCCCCUGGAUCCAUCCUGCUUUAUUCACCUGCCGCCUGGACAUCAUAAUCCGUGGUGGGAAUGUACCACCCAAGCAUAUCCUUUAUCAUUGGCAAGUCAUAGCAUGAGCUAUGCUUUAUUAUAUUGAGGACCAGGUCUGACUCUGUCUUGGUAUUUUAUAUACACGCAGUCACUUUUCUUUAUGUAAACUCAUACAGCAGUUGCCAUGGAAACAUAUUGGGUGUUCACGCUGUUUGCUCCACAAAACCAUCACUGGUUUCCUGUCUUCCAGCUGUCCUUCUCUCCUACCACCCCGAUGAGUUGUCACGUACGUGUUUUGGUCCUUCUGAGCACCAUGUUUCUGGCAUGCUGCGGCCUAGCGGUAUUGUGUGGACUAGCAGGUUAUGCACAUGGCAUGCACACGCUGGCAUUCAUGGCUGCCGAGGUUAGUAUAUAAUGUACCACAUACCGUAACCAGCAUAACCAUUACAUAUAAUUAACUGCAGCUGUGAUAUAGAAACUGUUUUUUUUUUUUUUUUUGUUCUUUCAUCUGCUUUUUCUAGUUCAAUAUAAAUAAUAUAUGUAAAUUAAUAAAUUGUAAAUUAGUACAUUGAUUUAAUAAAUAUAUCUCAAUAGAAAAUGUCUGUGUAUACAUAUAAAAACAUUUGGUUGAUAAACUCAGUGUGCAAUUACAAGCCAGGGUGUAACCAUAUAUAAAGUGCAGAAAUUCAAUUAGUGAUACUGAUCAUUCUAAUAGAUCGACUUACAGACAAAUGCUUAAUGAAAGAUAACAGUAGGAAAUGCUCCUGGGAUAAAAAGACAAAAGAGAGAGAACCGUGUAAAACUGUUUAAAAUAUAAAAGGAAGGGAGAGAGUGAGGGGGUUUAGGAUGACUCUCACAGACAGAGAGCAGUCAUGUACAGCUCAGAACAAUGCAGCUCCUCCGUUAACUAGAUCCUCAUGUACAGGAAAUAGCCUUUAUGUCAAACCAGUAAAACCACGACCACCCACAAUUUUACUUUUUAUUCCACAAAUGUUAUUUUAAUUUUUAUUUUAUUUUAUAUAAAAUAAAUCAUUAUAAUAGAAGUUCCUUAAUGGCCUAAAAUAUAUUUAGUUUUCUUGUUUUGAUGAAGUGCUUUAUAUUGCAUUUCCUGAAGUGCAUUAGGUUUCAGAAACCUCGAUAAGAACAAUAACCCUUUAUUAUGUCGAUCACUGUUGAUUACAUUUAUAGUGUGUAAAUGUGUGAUAUCAUUGUAGACUAAUUCAGCCAUAAAAGAGAUUUUAUUUUCCCUAGAUUUACUAGGUCCACUGUUAAGAUACAGCAACCAUUUUACUGACUUGUUUUAUCACUAUUUCUUAAAGGGGAACAUUCCGAGCUUUAUUAUAUGUGUAUAAAAAAACUUCACACCACAACAUUUACCAGUUUAAUACCUAUUCAUUUUCAUGGAAUACAAUGGAUUUGCCUUUUGAGUAGUUGCUUUGUAUUUAAAGCUGUGAUGGGAGCUCAGUAUGCUAAAUAUGCCGACAUAGUUGCUGUAGUGAAUUUAUUUCCUUGAUUAAUGCUCCAUUGAGAAGCAGAAUAUACUAACAGUGCUUAAAGGGACACUAGGCACCAAUACAACUUGAUGCUUUUUACAGGAUUUGGCCUCAUUAAUAUGAUGUAUUUUUUUAUUUUUUUUGCGUGAUCACAUCUUUAUAGUUUUUGCAUAAAAUAAAUGUUUUGCAGAAUGCUACACCAUAAGCCUGCCUCUUUAGCCACACCUCUCACUCUCACAGACUUCCCUAAAAAUGUAUGUACACAGCUCGGCCAGUGUCAGUACUGAAUGAUCUGAACAGCAAAACGGUUGCAUUAGAAUGAGAUGACACCCAGGGGGACAUAUAGUAAGGACAUCACUACCUGUUUGUAGUUUCCCUGACUGUCUGCAGCCAGGCUGUGAAUUAAAAGCUGCUCACUCAGUGCUGCUGAGGCUGAGCUGUGUUAAUACAUUGUGUUAAGGGAGUCUUUCCGGCUUGAGGCUGUGUGGCUACGGAGAAGCAUUCUGCAAAACAUUUAUUUAUUUUAUGCAAAAACUAUAAAGAUUUGAGCAUGGAAAAAAUGCAGCAUGUCAGUGUGCCAAAAUCUAUCAAAUACAUUAAAGUUCUAUUGGUGCCUGGAGUGUCCCUUUAAUCUUUGUGUUAUCGUUGUUGAACACUUAAUGGAGGUUCUAGGAGAAAGUACUUGGCAAUCUGUGCCAAUUAACACACAUUUCUUUAAUAUGUAACAUUUCACUACAGUGUACCAAACUGUGAUUCAAGUUCAGCACUUUUUUUGAGGCUGCAUGUUUUUAUUUUAUAUUUGUUCUUUCUUUUUCUUUUAACUUUUUUUACAUUUUAGUUUUUUCUUUUAUGUUCAAGUGCAUGCAUUGGCAGAUUUCCUAGAUACUGCUUACAAAAGGGCAUAAGUACUGCAGACACCGUUCAAUAUUUCAAUUUGUCUUACUGAUGUAUGAUGGGACAUGGGACAAACUUAGCCUCGUCUACUAGAAUCCCUAAAAUUAAAUAUAUAUUUGUUUUCCAUUCUCCUGCCUCCACCAGACCACAACAAAUUGCACAUCAGGGACUGGUAGGAGCUGGUUUUUACAACCCCAAAGCAGGCGUUAUCCCUCAAAUUAUCCAUGUACAUGUUCACUCUGUUGUUACACUCUAGCAUAUGCCUUGUCUGUAUUGCAUACCAAUAUUUUUGUACAGACCUAUAUCUUAUAUUUUAUUUUAGUAAUAUUUUUAGCAUUUUGUGUCUGUAGUACCACCUGAGCAUUUAAAUUUUAUUAGAAAAAAAAAUGAAAGGCCACAAGUUAUCCCCUUGUGGUUCUGUUGGCCAUGGUAAAUGUAUUGAUUUUCCUGUGUUCCAUUAGAUAAUUGAUGGGCAAUAUGUGAUGUUACAACAGUUCCACUCUUCAUUAGGUGUUUGCUUUAAUUAUUAAAUACACCCCUUGUUCCCUUAGUCCUGGUUUCAGGUUCAGUUCCACACCAUUCCUGCAAAUGUCCUAUCUCAUCGUAACUCAUCUUAGUAGGUGCUCCCUGUGCCUCAGUCCUUUUUAAAGCAAAAUGAAAAGGUCAGAUCUCUGUGACCUGGGGAUUUGUGUAGGAAAAAGAUUUUCUUUUGGAAAAGCAAUAUUUGUGGGUGUCUUUGCUCUCUAUGUAUUCUGCCACCAGACAACCUCGUACGUUUUACUGCUGACCACUAACCGUAACUUUUCGUUUUAGUGUGUAUUGGUGACCACUCGAACAGCGCAUGUCAUCUUACGGUAUGUCCAUUGCUUCUAUUAUUCAUUGAUCAUGUACAAAUCUGUAUUUCAUAAUCAGCUUUGGUUCAGUUGGGGCUUAGUAUCAGGAUAUAAUAAAUACUGUGUACUGACUUUCCAGACCACUGACUUCUAUUCCAGAUGGUCUGUGAUAUGGAAUGUGACAUAUUUUAUUAGUUUUAAUUUUGCACUGAUUAUAACUGGGAAAUUUGUUAGCCAGUAAUAAGAGACUAGUAGAUGUGGUCCUAGGAUACUAGGAGAGCUGUAUAUUAGACACCACAUGGAUGGGUUUUGUAUUGGAGACAGGAACUUCAUACUGUGUCAGAAGGAUUGUAUCUGGCUCAUGUGUUACAGAAUAAAGGGAAAGUAUAUAAACUAUAGUGCCAAGGACUCUCCACCCUCUGGGGAAGAAGGGGCUAAAAACCCCUUCUGUCACUUACCUGCCUCUGUCAGCCGGCGGGCGAGACCUAAUGCGCAUGCGUGGCAAUGGCUACACUCGCAUUAGGAUUUCUCUAUGCCGGUUUUUCAAUGCCGGUGAUGCUGGAAGUCCUCAUGCAUAGAAGGACGUCCAGCAUUACGUGACUAAAAGUCGCCUAACCACCCGGAAGACCCACUAGUGGCUGUUUGGUAGACAGCCACUAGAGGAGGAGUUAACCCAAGCCGGUAACUAUUGCAGUUUAUUGCAUGCUCAGGGUUAAGGGUGAUGGGACCCUGCACCCAGACCACUUCAGUGAGCUGAAGUGGUGUGGGUGCCUAUUGUUUCCCUUUAAGAUCUAUGAACCCUUGACUUUCAACAUGUUUUAUUCAUAUAUUGGAAUUCUAUUUGUCACGAACUAGGAGCCAGGUGAACCCUUGACAACUACUUAUUCCAGGUCCACUAUGUAAAGCUGGGCUUUAGACCUUACAGGUGAAUGGAUGCCUUUGUUCUGGAAACCUUUUCAGGGUCAUUUACUAAACUGAGAAUACAAAGUAAAUUUAAAAUUUUAAGAACAAAGUAGCUGAACUUAAAGAAUAGCUGAACUUAAAGAAUAUUUCCAGUUUGGCUAUUUUGACCUUAAAUUUGAAAUUCACUUUGAAUUCUCACUGUAGGGAAUAACCCUGUUUGUGUUCUAAAUCCUUACAUAUUACGUUUACACGACCUUUCUGUGUUAUUCAUACCUAGCUAAGAACUACUUGUACUUCCAGAUGAUUUGCACUAGAGAUGAUUAAUAAUGAGAUUUGUGUGUCAUUGUAUGUGAAGGGCAGGCUAAUUGAGCUGUUGUCCGUUCUCUGCACUCUCUUGCAACCUGUUUUUUUGCUCUCCUUAAGUUUAAAGGGUAAUCCAGACAUGGACCCCUUACUCAAGGUGCCUAGAGAGAGAAAAAAAGUAUUUGAUCCCCUGCUGAUUUUGAAUGUUUGCCCAGUGACAAAACAAUGAUUAGUCUAUAAUUUUAAUGGUAGGUGUAUUUUAACAGUGAGAGACAGAAUAAUAAUAAAAAAAUAAAAUAAAAUAAAAAAAUCGAGAAAAGCGCAUGUCAAAAAAGUUAUAAAUUGAUUUGCAUGUCAAUGAGUGAAAUAAGUAUUUGACCCCUUCGUACUUGGUGGGAAAACCUUUGUUGGCAUUUAGAUAGGUCAGACUUUUGUUGUAGUUGGCCACCAGGUUUGCACACAUUUCAGGAGGGAUUUUGUCCCACUCCUCUUUGCAGAUCCUCUCCAAGUCAUUAAAGUUUCGAGGCUGACAUUUGGCAACUCGAACCUUCAGCUCCCUCCACAGAUUUUCUUUGGGAUUGAAGUCUGGAGACUGGCAAGACCACUCCAGAACCUUAAUGUGGUUCUUCUUGAGCCACUCCUUUGUUGCCUUGGCUGUGUGUUUUGGGUCAUUGUCAUGCUGGAAUACCCAUCCACAACCCAUUUUCAAUGCCCUGGCUGAGUGGGUUCUCACCCAAGAUUUGAGGGUACAUGGCGCGUCCAUCGUCCCUUUGAUGCGGUGCAGUUGUCCUGUCCCCUUAGCAAAAAAAAAAACACCCCCAAAGCAUAAUGUUUCCACCUCCAUGUUUGACAGUGGGGAUUGUGUUCUUGGGAUCAUAGGCAGCAUUCCUUCUCCUCCAAACACGGCAAGUUGAGUAGAUGCCAAAGAGUUUUAUUUUGGUCUCAUCUGACUACAACACUUUCACCCUGUACUCCUCUGAAUCAUUCAGAUGUUCAUUGGCAAACUUCAGACAGGCCUGUACAUGUGCUUUCUUGAACAAGGGGGGGACCUUGCGGGCGCUGUAGGAUUUCAGUCCUUCACGGUGUAGUGUGUUACCAAUUGUUUCUUUGUAACUAUGGUGCCAGCUGCCUUGAGAUCGUUAACAAGAUCCUCCCGUGUAGUUCUGGGCUGAUUCCUUACCGUUCUUCUGAUCAUUGAAACUCCACAAGGCGAGAUCUUGCAUGGAGCAGCAGACCGAGGGAAACCUAACGUUAUUUUGUUUCUUCCAUUUGCAAAUAAUCACACCAACUGUUGUCACCUUCUCACCAAGCUGCUUGGCGAUGGUCUUGUAGCCCAUUCCAGCCUUGUGUAGGUCUACAAUCUUGUCCCUGACAUCCAUGGACAACUCUUUUUGGUCUUGGCCAUAGUGGAAAGUAUGGAAUCUGAUUGAUUGCUUCUGUGGACAGGUGUCUUUAAGAGAGUGCUCCUAAUCUCAGCUUGUUACCUGUAUAAAAGACACCUGGAAGCCAGAAAUCUUGCUGAUUGGUAGGGGAUCAAAUACUUAUUUCACUCAUUGACAGGCAAAUUGAUUUAGAACUUUUUUGACAUGCGUUUUUCUGCAUUUGUUUUUUUGUGUUAUUCUGUCUCUCACUGUUAAAAUACACCUACCAAUAAAAUUAUAGACUUAUAACUUCAGUGGGCAAAUGUUCAAACUCAGCAGGGGAUCAAAUACUUUUUUCCCCUCACUGUACCUCACUGACGAUGCCUAACAAGGUUGAAACAAUCGUCUGGGGUUGCUGUAUCUCUCAUGCGGAGAGAGCCAGCCUGUAUUUUGGAUCGGUUCUGCCCUUCUGGGUGGAAUCAGUCUGAGAUGAUUGGCCUGGUUCUUUUUGUUAAGGGCACAAGAUGUGCUAAACCAGCUUGAGAACUGAGCGGGGACCCACCAAAGGUCAGGCUAAUCGAGCUGUUGUCCGUUCUCAGAACUCUCUUGAAACUUUUUUUUUGCUGUCAUUGUAGGUAUGUGAUACAUCUCUGGGAUCUAAAUCAUGAAGGAACCUGGGAGGGCAAAGGAACAUAUGUAUAUUACACAGACUUUGUCAUGGAGCUGAGCCACCUGUCUGUAGACCUAAUGCAUCAUAUUCAUAUGCUGGUAUGUGAUAGUUUGAACUCUCUGUCCUAUCAUUCACGUCUUCUCUUUACUACAUUCUCUCCAUACCUAUGUUUUACUUCACCUGCACUGCAGAAGAAUUAAAGGGACAUAUUUUAUUUAUUUCUUUUUUGGGGGCCGGGGGUCUCUUUUCCACAUGAUUUUUCCAUAUUGCAGCCUUUCCAUUGUAUCUUUAUUUUUUAAAUCGAUCUCAAAGUAUUCUAGGCUACAAAAUCUCCUCUAGCUUACUGACGCUAUAGAUACUAAGAGACGCUAUAGAUACUAUUUUAUAACUAUGUUCCUCUUUGAUCCUUCUUUCACAGCUGUUUGGUAAUAUCUGGCUGUCAAUGGCAAGUCUGGUAAUUUUCAUGCAGUUGCGUCACCUCUUCCAUGAGCUUCAGCGUAGACUCCGUCGCCACAAGAAUUAUCUGCAUGUUGUAGGAAAUAUGGAGGCUCAGUGAGUAUUUUUGUUUGGUUGUGUGUGUGCGUGCGCGCGCCGUUUAUACAGCACAAUUUGUGCCCCUGGAGAGUGCUCUUAAACCUAAGUGAUUCAGCAGCUAAAAUGUUAUUAUCCAUCACAGUGGUGUGCUUAUUGUUUGGUAUGCAGGUAUUACUAUGAAACUAUUUAAGUAUUUCCGUGAGCAAACACUGCUGAUAUUUAUUUGUAAGAAAGCAGGUGUACGGAGGAUGGUAAUUUCUGAUGCCUGUUACCUGUGCGUGUUUACACAUUGCAGUCUACCUUGCCUCCCAUACUGAACAUUCACCCAUUGUGUGCUUAACAACUACAAUAUUUAUAUCGUGCAACAUGUUCUGCAGGGCCCCGUCACUUAUUUUACUCCUAAUCUUGUCAUAAGCGUACGUGUUUCUUAGCACAUAUUUUACAGCAUUGCAUGUGUACUAAUAAUGUAAGGAUCAAGAUGAUACAUGGAGGUAGCUGUACUUAAUGUAAACAUUAAGGUAUACUUGCUGUCCUCCUGUAUGUACCUAAUUAGAGCCACAGUUUGAUACUAAGCAUGGCUAAAUCUGUACAAACUACAUUUAUCCAUGUUUAGUCUUCGUGGUGGUGUCUGAUAACUGGGCAAUUUUGGAGGAGUGUUUGCUACUGAUGUUUGGGGAACAUAAGUAUACUUAUGUACAUAGCUAGUAUACUAGCUAAGGCUAUUUUUGUCUUGCAGUUUUGCUGUUGCAACUCCCGAAGAACUUGAAGCAAAUAAUGACGACUGUGCAAUUUGUUGGGAUUCUAUGCAAGCUGCCCGAAAACUGCCUUGUGGGCACCUCUUCCACAAGUAGGUGUAAUGUCGUAUGGAUGCUACUGCAUGUGAUGUUGGUGUCAUGGGUGCAGCAGAAGAUGCUGAGCUGUGGAUGUCAUGUGGGUGAAUCCUGUUGCGGUGGGCUUUGCUGGUACUGCCUGUGAGUUUGGUAACGUGAAUGCUGCAUGUGAUAUAGGUAGGACUUUCAGGAAUUAAACAUACGUAUUUUGUGGUAUCUCUACCAUGUCACCAUCCCCAAUCACAAACCUGUAGCAAACAUAGUCAUUCAUUGCAUAAAAAGUGUCUUCCUAAAAUAUGCUGGUAAAUGUAAUUCCGAGUAUAUCAAACAAAAGCCCACAAACAUGGCAACACUGUAUAAAUAUAAACAAAUGCCCACCCUUACUGUGCAGAACAGGACUGUAACAGAACUAUGGUUCUAUUACUUGUAUGUCAUCAUGUCAGGUCUAUGUUGUCCCUUGUUUUGCCACAGAUGCCAUGGAGCCUAACCAUGUACCCCUAUUGCUCUAUGUACAAAGCAUAAUUGUAGAGGAAAAGCAGACUCUGCAGGAUUACAUUGCGUCACAAUAUAGGAGUCUGGUAAAAUGGUUGAUGGUUUAAACAUCCCCUGCAGUGCAGGCACCUCUGUACACAAUUAGAGAGGCAGAGUUGGGAAUGUUAAUUGGAUUCAUUGUUUCCCCCUCUGUCUGGUAUUACCUGUACCUGGGGUCUUCUGUUAAUUAGCCUUUGAUGUUUUAAUAACAUUACCUGUUGACUGGUGUAUCUGUAAUUGAAUUACCCUUUAAAUUAGGCUCUCUAUUGUUUGAAAUUUACUAUGUUAUAAUUAAUUUCAUUUUCCUCUGGGCCUCUCAUGUAGCUGAUUGGUUACUUUUGAUUGUGUUGUUAUUUGGAGAAGUGCUCUAUAUUCUGUCUAUGUACCAGAAAAACAUGUGUUCCUGACUUACCAAGAAGGAGCUUGUGUGUCUCUUGAAGUUUCGAGGUACAUUGCUGUUUGUUAUCCACUAUAGAGAUCAGUGGGCUAGAUAGAUAAAAUAUCCUAUACGAAUUGGAGCUGUCCGUGUAGUAUAUUCUGCAAUGCCUUUUGUUUUUAUUGAUAAGAAGGGUGACACAAGAUAAUUUGUAUGAAUGACAUUAAAGUUGAAUUAUAUUAUUAUAGUGUGGUUUACAAAGUAGUUACAAUAUUACAUUUACAUGAGUUUACAUUGGUUACAAUAGUGUGUGUAUAUGUAUGUGUGUACUAUGUAUAAUUCUUUUUAAAGUGAGAAUGGUAUGCAAAUAAAUUAUGAGUAUACAAUUCAUUGAAUGAAAAAUAAGGUAAAGUAAAUUAAUUUAAAUAAACUUUAAAGACAUUUAGGUAAGAGCUUAUGUUAUAUAGGUAGAUGGAAUCAUGUUAAACAAGUUUACUAAAGUAAUCUUAUAUUUAUGCAUUUGUAGUAUGUAUAGUCACUAUUUAUUACUUUAAAGUAGUGGUCUUCAACCGGAGGUCCGCAAGAAUUUAUUGCUAGUCCGCGAAAGCUUUCACCCGGUGUGAGCUGGCCCUGCUGUCUGCUUUUCUCAGGCUGGUGGGGAGAUCAAAGAUCUCCUGGCUGUUUAUGGGAGAGGGAGGAAGGAGGACCCAGGAGGCUGUGAUCCUCCCACGAACAGGCAGGUCGGAGCGCUGCCGCGCAUUACCAUGGCAAUACUACAACACAGCACUGUGCUCGUGGGAAGAAAAUAGUGAGGUCAGCCUGCAGCCGGAGGUGCUGCAGGCUGAAGUGCACGUGCCACCACUGGACCACCAGGGAUUGCUGUGAUAUGUCCCCUCCUUCCAGGCCAGAGAUAAGAAGGAAGCAUAUAGCUUUCCACCUCCCACAUUUUAAGUAAAUAAUAUACAUUUUCUCCCUGAAACACCCCCCACCACAAUAUAGACCCCUCACACAUGCAUACCCGGUACCCCCUCACACAUGCAUACCCUGUACCCCCUCACACAUGCAUACCCUGCACCCCCUCACACACGCAUACCCUGCACCCCCUCACACACGCAUACCCUGCACCCCCUCACACACGCAUACCCUGCACCCCCUCACACACCCACACGCACACAGCAGCCCUCACACGCACACAGCAGCCCUCACACGCACACAGCAACCCUCACACGCACACAGCAGCCCUCACACGCACACAGCACCCCUGACACACACACAUACCCUGAAGCCCCUCACACAUACCAUUGGUUUAUAUUUCUGGCUGACGCUGGUCCGUGAAAUACUUUUUUUGCAGGUUUUAAAAGGUUGCAGAACACUGCUUUAAAGUAAAUUAAUUUUUUUAACUUGGAUGAAAUUACGAUUUGUGGUGUUUGAUGUAUUGUCUUCAAUGCCUUUGGAUACACAACUCAAAGUACCAGGUGUUUGUGCUUGGUAUAGCGGUUAGCUGUGCAAGUUCACGAAAGAAACCCAUAAAUGAUAACGUGCCUGAACUGCUACACCUUCCGUUGCAGAGACAUCAGGUCAUUAUCGUCCGUUGUGUUUUCAGUGGGCAUGGAUUUCUUUAACUAUAGAUGAUUGACUAUUGCUUGCAUUUCCCCUAGUUCGUGCCUGCGUUCUUGGCUAGAACAAGACACUUCGUGCCCGACUUGUCGGAUGUCUUUGAAUAUGGCUGAUAACAACAGAGGUCGAGGGGAGCAGCAGAGAGAAAACAUUGACCAAAAUAUAAUCCCUCUCACUGUGGCAGAUGGACGAACCCGCCUCAAUCACCAUAACCACUUUUUCCAUUUUGAUGGUGAGUACAUGCCCCAACUUGGCAUGGUUCAUGUGUGCAUGACAUUUGAUUAUCAUGUAUCUGCAAUAAUUAAAAAUCAUUUCGUGCCAGUUUGUGGGUCUCCAGAUUAUGCUUGAACAGUGACUAUUAAGGGAUGACCAUUAUUUUGAUUUCUAUUGUCUCCUUUCCUGUAGGUUCUCGGUUUGCCAGCUGGCUGCCAAGCUUUUCUGUGGAAGUGAUGCACACAACAAAUAUCUUGGGAAUCGCUCAAGCAAGUAACUCCCAGUUAAACUCUAUGGUAUGGAAUGAUCUAUUUUGGAUUUUGCUGAUGCAUUUUAUACAAUUUCUGACUAAAGACUACUGUACAAUUGGUUUAGAUGGAAAUUCUUGUUCUAGGAUUACAUUGGCAUCAAGAUACUUGUUAAUGGAAAAUUUUCAUGUUGCCUGCAAGGGUAGAAUAUCCUGACAUCUGUCGUGUGCUCGCUAACGAAAGACUUAAUCUGCACAUAAUUGACAUUUGGCAGUCCAGAACAAAGUUCCGGAUCAAAUCACUGAAGUGGUCAUUGUGGUUGGAGUAACCCUUGAAGUGGAAGAAAAGAUAAAUAACCAGGCACACCUGAGAUUUCUUCUAAAAUACAAUUUUUGGAGACAAACUUUUAGCUCCUCUCUGAGCCUUUACCAAGCCUUACUUGAUUAAGUUUUGUCUCCUCUCUGAGCCUUUGUCUCCAAUUUGUUUGUUCCUUAUUAAAGAUGGUCUUUCAGAAGAAAACUCAGGUGUGCCUGGAUAUUUAUUUUCUUUCAUUUGAUGUCUCCAGGGAUUGGCCCUCCCUUUCUGUAGCCCCCCGCAGGAAGCAUUCUCCCUUUGUUGUGUAUGCAUUAAACUCUUGUUUUCAUGCAAACAAAUGAAGUAGCUCUUUAAGGCAGACUCAAUAUAUACCCUAAAUGGUGCUGACUAAUGGUUAACUAUAGCUAAAGCAGGCAUGCUAAUUACUUCUUGAGUGCUGAUUAGACAGCAACGUGCAUGCCAUGCGGAUGAGCAAAGUGUGCUUCGUUACUUGUGAUCAAAGCAAUUUUCCCACAAUUCUCACCAUUGAUCCAUGAUCUUGCGAUGCUUCCUGUCCGUAUUCCCGAACGUCCUGUCACUUAGACAGAACGCCGGCAAAACAACCGAAUGAGAAUAGUUUCUUCAUUCGUGUUAGGAUGCAAUUUGGGACUUUGUUCGGAUUGGAAUUUCAUUUGAAUGAAUGAAUCUCCGAUCCUAUUCGUGCCGUGGCUGCAUCUUGCAGCCGUUUAGUAGAUAGCUCCCUAAUUCCCACAGUAUCAGGCAGCUAUCUACCUAAAUUGGUCUUUCAGCCAAAUUUACUAAUACUAAGUAAAGAUUACUUUGUGUUAGUAAAUUCUGCCCCUACUUGCUAUGCCGCGAGUAGGGGUAUUUCUACUAAACAGUGAGCAGUAGCUGCUCACCGUUAAAAAAAAAAAAAACAAAAAAAAAAACAUAGUGUCCCCCCCUCCCGAGCCCCCAACCCCCGAGUGGCGGGUAGGGGCCCAAAAUGAAAAUCGUGGGGGAGGGGACCUAUUGUAGCGGCUAGCUGCAUGGCUGGCACAAUGUUGGGAUUGCAUAAAUAAGUGUUUUAAACUUAGAUUCUCAUUGUUGCACUAUCAUGAUUUUAAAGGUAGUCUACAAAUUUACUAAUUGAAAUGAGUAAAACUAUUAGUUUCCCAAAUACAUGCACAAAAAAAAAAUGGAAUUGAUCUAAGCACCAAGACUAGCAUUGUUACCUAAAUACUUUGAUUACAAUUAUGUCAUAUGGGAGUUAUUUACUACAGUGAGAAUUCAAAGUGAAUUUCAGCUUUAAGUUCAAAAUAGUCAAACGGUAAGAUUUCUCUGAGUCUGCUAUGCUUUCAGUUUGGCUACUCUGGCCUUAUAUUUGACAAUCACUUUGAAUUCUCGCUUUAGUAAAUAACCCUAUAAGUGUUGCUUUUUUUGGUUUUGAUCACUUAAGGAUGCUGGAUGGAAAUUUUCCAUCAUUGCAGUCCUCCCCUUAAGAACGCAGGAUGGAAAAUUUCCGUCCAGUACUAAAAUUAACCCCAGAUUGCCGCAAUCGUGGGGUUAAUGUUCCUGUAGUGUGUCUCCAUGUUAGAGGUACACUACAGCAAGCAGUUUCACUGAUUCAGCCCAUGUGAUCGUUCUGACCGGGAGUAGAGCGAUCACACGUGCUGCAGUGAAACCCAAUCUGUCUCCCUGCAGCUCCGUGUGAGCUGUGAAGUUCAGAUAGACAGAUCAGUGCUGAUCUGUCUCUCCCUGUAAAAAACAAAAACAAAACUGUUAGUUAAAAAAAAAAAACACACUCCCCUAUGCCUUUUAACCCCUUAAGGACCAAACUUCUGGAAUAAAAGGGAAUCAUGACAUGUCACACAUGUCAUGUGUCCUUAAGGUUCAAAAUUUGCCUUUUGAAAUACACUCGGGUUUCUUCUUUAAGAAAUGGUAUGCCUUUAUGGGUUAGUUGGAAUAAUUAACCUACUAAAAAAAACUCUAAGUUUGAAAAAAACUUAAAUGGCUGUGUCUCAAAUGUGCCCCUUCAAUGUCUACAUAUACCUGGUAAAGGUAUAUAUGGGGGUAUUGCUGUGCUCAGAUGACAUAGCUGAGCAACAUAUGAAGCAUUAUAGACCCGUAGCACACAUAAGGUUUGCAAAAUAUAUACAGUACAAACUCACUGUGUGUGUCUGUCAAAAAGGCAGAAAAAAUGCUUAUUUCAUUGAUGAGCUCGAAAUUUUCUGCUACUCUGUGAGUGCAACCUUAAAUGCUGGGGGCUCUUUAACUUAAACGUUAUUACAAAGACCUUGUUAUAUGUGUAUAUGCCAAAAUAGAGGGAAAAAAACAAUUUUACUCCAAUAUUUAGCAGAGAUUGGCAGUGAAAUUGCUACGUAAAAAGUGUCAAAAUAAUAGCAUGUGAUGCCUACUUUAUGCAAAUAUAUAUUUGUGUGGCAAUUUUGUUUUCUUUAAUGGGUAUUAAACUUCCAAGACAAACAUACCAACUUCUAAAAUUGAAAUAAAACUAAAAUAUAGACCACCCAGGUGCAGUGAAUACACAAUAAAUCAAAAAGGUAGUUACCCAUUUUUUAGAUGUACAGUAUAGCAGAAGGAUUCCUCUUAAUCCUCAUAUAUAAAUAACACAACAAAUAUACCUAAAAACAUAACAUGGAAAGAGAACUCAGGGUAAUAAUGUUUAAAGGGACACUGUAGUCACCAAAACAAGUUUAGCUUAUAGAAGCAGUUUUGGUGUAUAGAUCAUGUCCCUGCAGUCUCACUGCUCAAUUCUCUGCCAUUUAGGAGUUAAAUCACUUUGUUUAUGCACCAUAGUCACACCUCCCUGCGUGUGACUUGCACAACUUUCCUAAACACUUCCUGUAAAGAGUCCUCUAAUGUUUAUACUUCCGUUAUUGCAAAUUCUGUUUAAUUUAUACUUUAUUAUCUCCUGCUCUGUUAAUAGCUUGCUAUACUCUGCAUGAACCUGCUGUGUGUGAUUAAAGUUCAAUUUACAAAGCAGGAGAUAAAAACUUUUGGAGUUCGUUACACCUGAAAGGGAAACAAUUGUUUUCCCAUGCAGGAUGUAUCAGUCAAAGCCAGGGGAGGUGUGGCUAGGGCUGCAUGAACUGAAACAAAUGGCAUGAUGUAUACACCACAACUGCUUCAUUAAUCUAAAGUUGUUUUGGUGACUAUAGGGUUCCCUUUAAGUUAAAGAGCCCCCCCCCCCCAGCAUUUAAGGUUGCACUCACAGAGUAGCAGAAAAUUUUGAGCUCAUCAAUCAUAGAUGUCACCGGAUUCAACAAUAUUCAGCAAUUCAAGGGUUCAUAUGAAAAUAAAUUGAAAAGACCAUAGUGCAACAUUGUUGUAAAAUAAUAAUUUUAAUUUUGUAAUUUUUAUUAUACAAUAGUGUUGCACUAUGGUCUUUUCAAUUUCUUUUCAUAUGAACCCUUGGAUUGCUGAAUAUUGUUGAAUCCGGUGACAUCUAUGAUUGAUGAGCUCGAAAUUUUCUGCUACUCUGUGAGUGCAACCUUAAAUGCUGGGGGCUCUUUAACUUAAACGUUAUUACCCUAUGUGUUCUCUUUCCAUGUUAUGUUUUUAGGUAAAUUAGUUUUGCAACUUCUAAAAUUGUUUCACAUUGAAAUUUUAUUUUAGACCAAAAUAAACUGAAAUCCUACACAUAUUAUGUACUCUGUAAAUCAAGACCCAUAAAUAAAUUGAUUUUUAAUUACUUUUCCUAAGCUGAACAUAUUAUGCACACGUUAUUAUUGCCAAAACUUGGGGGAAAAAAUGUUGGCCCCCCCCAUUAUUUCUUUUGAAAUAAAUGAAAAUCUAUAGAUGUAUAUGUCACAUCAAAUUAAAGCCCUUAUUGUCAUCUAAAAAAAAAACGGUAUAUAAUAUGUGUUGGUACAAUAAAAUAGAGAGAUGCAAAUUGCAGUUGAACACAAACCGCAAAAAUUGCAUAUGUCCUUAAAGGACCACUAUAGUGCCCUGAGGGUGCCCCUACCCUCAGGGUCCCACUCCCAUGGCGCUGAAGGGGGAGGAAGGGGUUAAUCCCCUACCUUUUUUCCAGCGCCGGGCUCCUUCGGCGCUGGGACUCUCCUCCCUCUUCUUCCGUCAUCGGCUGAAUGCGCAUGCGCAGCAAGAGCCGCGCGCAUUCAGCCAGUCUCAUAGGAAAGCAUUAUCAAUGCUUUCCUAUGGACGCUGGCGUCCUCUCACUGUGAAAAUCACAGUGAGAAGCGCAGAAGCGCCUCGAGAGGCUGUCAAUGAGACAGCCACUAGAGGCUGGAUUAACCCAUAUGUAAACAUAGUUGCUCUGAAACUGCUAUGUUUACUGCAAAAAGGGUUAAACCUAGCUGGAUAUGGCACUCAGACCACUUCAUUAAGCUGAAGUGGUCUGGGUGCCUAUAGUGGUCUUUUAACCCUUUAAGGAUGAAAGGUCUGGAAUAAAAGGGAAUCAUGACAUGUCACACAUGUCAUGUGUCCUUAAGAGGUUAUGGUUAUGUCCAGAUUCUGAAGCUGUGUCCUUAAGGGGUUAAGGCUGUAUUGAUCCUCUGUGUGUUUAUUUUUGUGUUCUGCAUUUAUUUUUUUUCUCUCUCUGUUUAAGGUUUAAUAUUCUAGGAUAACAUGAGAUGGAAUAUUAAGUAUAGAGUACACUAACGUGCACAGGAUUAUUGCACCAUGUCAUCUCUCUUUGGUAGUUGGUACAUGUUCUUUGUAUAUCUGUCUACAGGCACGGCAGGUCUUGGAUAUGUUCCCACAAGUUCCGUACCACCUGAUUCUGCAAGAUCUGCAGCUCACUCGAUCAGUGGAGGUUACAACAGAUAACAUACUAGAGGGACGUAUACAAGUGCCAUUCCCCACACAAGUGAGCAUGCAUGCAAAUCUAGGCUAAUUUCAUGUAUGUGUUUUUCUUCAUGCAAAUAUUGUUUGCUUAUGAAUUCUUUGACAUUUUUAAGAGGCCGGAGGACGUUCGACUUGCCACUGACAACCCAGUUGAAGAUGGUGAACAGACAGAGCAGGAUAUUCCUGCUCAGGUAAGUCAUAAUGUUUUAAUUUGGAAAAGGGAGUGAUCGAAGUUCGGUUUAUUUUGGAACUCAUUAACCUCUUUAGUAUCUUAAAAUAACAGCUUGAACUGUCUCCAUCAGGAGAUAAACAUUAGUCCCAUACACAAAUAUUGUGACAAUUCUCUAUGUAUGAUCCCACAAAGCAUCUGACGUCGGGAAGGAUUUCUCUCUCUUGCUUUAAAGAUGGCUAUUGCCUUAUAAAUCAGCAGUCUGUGAAUAAUUGCUAAUAUAAUGGGGGCUUUUCGGGGAAAUGUUUGGAUGAGCUCUGCUUGAUUUUAAUUGUGCGCGUGUGCGCGCAUGUGGUUUGUUUUGUGUUAAUUAAAUUAAAAAUGAACACAAGUUUUUAGAGUUCGCUUUCAUUGAAAACUGCCAAGUGACAAGUGAAAUUUAAUACAAAUCCGAUUUCUUCAUACAAAAGUACAUUUGCUCAUAUUGAAUGUACCUUGUAAUUCUGUGCUCUCUUCCUGAUUUCCAGACUGAACGUGUUCCAUUGGAUCUGUCCCCAAAUGAGGAGGAAUUUGAAGAUUACAGUGAGAUGGAAGCCCAACCAAGUGAAGCAGAGGACUUUGAAGUACGAGGCAGCAGAUUCUCCAAGUCUGCAGACGAGAGGCAAAGAAUGCUGGUCCAGAGAAAGGAGGAUAUGAUGCAACUUGCUAGAAGGUAACAGGAGUGGAUUAUAUAGGAGAAAUCGAGCUACAAAAGAUUAUUUAAAAAGAGAAGGGCACACCUUCCGAAAGUCCCAGAUUUUGUUAGUCUUGAACGUGGGAUCAUGUCCCCCCACCUGGGGCAUGUUACCUGGUGUCCUGCUUAAGAGAAACCUUUUCAAUUGAGGCUGUGCCACAGCAUCAUUUCAUACACUGAGUCUUCAACAUUGCUUUGCACAUUGGCUAGUUUAAAUAGCAUACUUUUUGUUAAGAUUUCUUGCUUUAUUUUAGCAUUCUUAUCGGUGAAAAAGCCUGCAUAAUCGAGAGCUGUUAAGUUUCAUGUUCUGGUAUGCUGGUCUUUGGCAAAUGUAAUAUAGGUCUUUAAAAAGGAGCUGCCACUCCAUUCUUAGCACAACCUAAUGGCUAACUAAAAGUUAACUAUAGAUCGUGAUCAAAUUCGCUUUGAAAAAUCCUUUAAAUUAUGUAAAUGAGCUCACUGUUGAGGUACCAUACACACCUCAUUAUGGCAAGUGUGUAUGUGCGCAUGAGGUCUUUCUCAGUGUCCAGACAUGCACCCAAGGCAUCAUGAGGUGGGGAAGUUGCUGCAGUGAAAGUAAGACUGUUUUGUUUUUUGACUUCACCCCAGUAAAUGCUGAAGUAAUGUUCACUGGAAGUGACAAUUAAGAGUUUUAAAACCAUUCAGUAGUGACUGUUCCAGGAUUUUAAUGUAUCUUGCGUAUUAGAUGGACAGGCAGUGGAUAUUAAAAUGUACAUAUUGGGGGGAAUAAAAAAUGUUUUAUUAUUUCCUCUAGGCGUUAUUUGAACAGAACUCCAGAAGAGGACUCCAGUGCUUCAUCAUCUGACAGAAAUCCCAACACUUCAGAAUUUCCUUCAGACUCUGUAUCUCUUCGUAGACGUACAUUGGCAGCCGCAGCGGAACGUAGACUUCAGAUGGGACAGUCUCCAUAGUGACAUACAGAGCACACAAAUGCCAGCGGACCCUCCUCCUUGUUCUGAAGGUGCACACAGACUCCUACUGACACGGCACCUUAUUAAUGAGCUACUGUGACUCACGGGCUCAUAUUUUGUAAUCUUUUAUUUUACUGCAAUAUGUUUAGAAUAUAAUUGGAUCUGCUGCUUGAUCCCGAUGCACAAUUUGUGUUCGAUUCCUCCAGCUGAAAUGUCUACUUAUUUUCCAGGAAGGGAGAAUCCAAAGUGGGGAAAAACUGUCAGUAUUUUAGAGAACAGAAGAUGCUUGUGGUGAUUCUGUAACAUACAGACAUCCUGUAUAUUGUUUACUAAAAGUAUUCCCUGACCAGGGGCUAUCGUAGAGUGUUCAAAGAGAAGGAACCUCAACUUCAGGCUCAACAUGGUAUCCCAUACUGGUGAUGUUUCCCAGAGAGUUAAAUAGUCUUGCAAAUUAAACUUAUUUUUAUUAACCUGCAGCUCUGGGGUUCUGCUUUUUCAUAAAACAAAAAAAAAAACUACUUUUGAACUUUUGUUUUUUUGUAGCCUAUUACUAAUGGACUUUUGAAAAUGGUUGCAGCCAAAAUAUUGUAAUGCUUAAAAGUGCUAAGCUGUGAAAUAGAAGUAUGAAUCUAAAUGCAGACUGAAACCGUUAGGAGAACCCGCAGUGAAGACUUGCAGUGGGGCGAGAAAGUGGACAAUUUUAUUUUUUAUUUUUUUUCCUGCAGCUUUUGGAGCCUUGGUAGAUGGCAGAGUUUGGUGCUCUGCUGAACAGAUUUUUAUUUAUUUUUUUGUCCCCCAUCUAACUGUAUGCUUAGUCAAAAAACAUGUGUUGAGCACUAUCGCCAACUGGAAUAUUUGAAGGUUGAUAUCUGCAAACAGGCAAUAUCCCCUUUGCAUUCUUUAUGUAGUAUGUGAAUGUUUCCGUUCUACAUUAUAUCGGGCAGAUUGUUUUAGAGCUUUCUGCUAAACUCCAUCUCAGGAUCAUACCUUUUUACUAAGUAACACGUUAAACUCAGAAAUUGUAUCCACAGGAAUGUCUGCAUACUUUUGUGAGGAUUCAAUUAUUCUCUUAAAAUUUGAUCACCUGUUUCAUGUCGGCGUGACCCUGGUUAAAAAAAAACAAAAAAAAAACGUAUUCUUUUAACAUACCAGUUGGGCAACGUAAGGAGAGAGCAUGUCUGCUUCUCGACGGACAAUCUAAUGAAUCAUUGCUGAACCGCCAUCAGUGAGAAUGUGCAAGUGUUAUAACCAGUGUGUGAAUAGACAUUUAUACCGUGUAUGAAUGUUGGAGGGCUUAGGCUGCAUCCAGUCUCAUUCAGAAAAACCUGAUGCCUCUGUUAACACGGAUAAUUUUGCCUUGUGAUUUGGGCUUUUGCAAAUGCCAGAUUUUAUUCUAAAAAUAAAAUUUUGAUCAGUGUUGUGUGGUAGGUUUUACUUACAUCUGCAAAUAUGAG